AUUUUGGCAAAACACCACCGAAAUGGCAUCAUCCUAAAAAUUUUCCCUACAUCGUAAAACAGUGUCAAUUUUAUCAUUAAGGGCUUAAUCAAAUCUCCUCUCUCCUUGAUGAUGAUGUUAAAAAUUCAAAACUUUAAAAACCAAAACGCGGUUGGGCGGUGCCGUGGACUACGACUUCCCCCCUCCGUACCGGCCCAACCCAAAAAACCUCAUCAUCCGCCGCACUCAUCCGUCUUGUAUCUCCUCCUAGACCGUGUCAAUAAUAAACCACACCAAAAAACGGCCCGCCUUCUUCUCUUUUUAUCAUUUUCUGCCGCCCCCAAAAUAAUGCCACUUUUUUUUUUUUUUCUUUUGAAGAAAUGGUUGCUAAGGUGCGCCAGCCUCUCCACCCCGUGGCGCACGUUAGCCUCCUCCCCACCACACCACCCUUAGCGGUGGCCACUUAUCUCAUCUUUCUAGAUCCUCCAACUCAGCCGCAAUCCCACAACCCCUUUUAUACCUACCCUUUCUUUACGCCAUUCAUUCCAUUAUGACCCUUCAACCACCACCAUCUCCGCCGCCGCUCCUCUCUCUUCCCCAUUUUUCUAUCCAGGCUUUGUUUUAUCUUCACCACCAUCUCCGCCACCGUUGACCGUCGUCAUCGUCAUGGCUUCCCUCUCUCCCCAGGACAACUCUGGCUCUCCCCUCCUCGACCGCCCGCCGGAUGUCACCAUCGCCACCGCCGCCGCCUCUCGCCGCCUCCCUCCGCCGUGCUGGUCCCACGAGGAGACCAUCGCUCUCAUCGAUGCUUACCGGGACAAGUGGUACUCCCUCCGCCGCGGCAACCUCCGUGCCGUUCACUGGCAGGAGGUCGCCGACGAUGUCGCCGCCAGGUGCCCCAUCGGGACGCCCAAGACGGCCGUCCAGUGCCGUCACAAGAUGGAGAAGCUCCGGAAACGCUACCGUGGGGAGAUCCAACGCGCCGCCCCGUACGGCGGAUCUAAGAGCAACCGCUAUUGCUCCGCCUGGGUCCACUUUAAGCGCAUGGAUGCAAUGGAAAAGGGACCCAACGCAGCUGCUGCUGCCGAGCCGGAGGAGGAGGAAGAAGAUCCUGAAGAUUCUCAUGUCAAGAGAAUUGGGGAUAUCUAUAAGAACAAUACCGAGAGUUUUUUGAAUAGCAACAGCAACCGGAGCAGCUUUCCCGGGGGCAUGGUUAACGGCAAUUCUGGGUUUCGGAUUCGGAUCCCUGGAAUUCGAAGCGUCGGGGCCGACUCCGGAAAUUUAUAUACUAAAUUUGAAGAUGUGGGUGCCCAAAUCCCAAACCCUAGUUUCAACCCGGCUGUGAAUUACGUGCCUAAUAAAAUAUCGAGGGAUGGGUUUGCUAGAAAAACUGAUAUGGGAAAAAGGGUUCUUGGAGGAGAAGGGCAAAAGGGGGACCCUGUGUCCGAUGUGGUCGCGGCUAUUCGUGUUUUAGGGGAUGGGUUUGUGAGGAUGGAGAAAAUGAAGAUGGAUAUGGCUCGGCAAGUGGAGGAAAUGAGAAUGGAAAUGGAGAUUAAGAGGACCGAAAUGAUUCUUGAUUCGCAGCAGAGGAUUGUGGAUGCGUUUGCUAAAGGUAUUGCAGAGAGGAGAUUCAAAAGGUUGAAGAGAGUGCAGAACUCCGAGAGUUAGAACAUGGGAGGAAAUUGAAUUGGGGCUUUGGUGGAAUCCUUUUUAUAAGGUCUUCGGUGGAUCAAGGAAAGCUCGAGACUCUGAUCAUUUUUGCAACCAGUUUUUGCUAAUCGAUGCAGAGAUAUGGCCUCGUUCAUAGUCUAUGUAAGUGUAGGCGUUAGAAUUGCAUAUUAAGUUAGAUGGAUGAGUGUUAGAUUACUCUGUUCAGCAGUAGACCUUUUAGGACUUGGAAAAAAACAUAGCGGUAGCUAUUUAUGUAGCCUUCUUCUGAAGUAGCGCUUAGUUGUUGCCAAUGUAAUCUAAGAUGUUUUGUCAAUGCAAGGCAUGGGGACAUAAUCAGUUGCUAAAAUUACUUGCUUUUGAGCCAACAAGAUUUCUUUAGUUUUCUGGUACAUGCUUGAAUAGUUGCUGAAGAGUGGUUAGUAUUGGUUGUGGAUGUCAAGUAUAAUAACAAGGCAGGAGUGUUCGGAUAAGUGGAGAUCAUGAGUUUAAAGCUGGUUGUGGAAAAACUUCUCCUGUGAUUGCAUGUUUUCAGACUUGUUUAUGGAAAGUUUCUGUAAGGCAACAGUGACUUUGUUGUUUGACAUUAGGGAAAUCUUCUCGACUUCAUGUGUUGUUGUAUUAGUUCUGAAAUAUCAUUUUCAGUUCCUUGCUUCUGCAUCUCCCGUUUCGAUGUUUUUUGGGGAGGGGGUGGUCAUUUAUCUAGAGGCUUUGUUUGUUUGGAUAUGUAGGUGUUUAGUUUCAUCUAGAGGGAUUAGGAACUUGCAUUACCUUUUUUGUUUUAUUUAAGGAGUUUCAGGAACCUACAUCUCCUUGUUUUCAUUAGGAUAAAAGUCCAUGAAUAGGGAGUAUCCCAUUGAUUUGAAUACAUAGCUAUCGUUGUUGGUGCUAGGUUUGGAAAUUUGCUUGUGAUAAGCAAGCUGCCAUCCCUUCUUGUCUUUGUUUCAUUCCUUCAUAAUCUGUUGCCAUUGUGCCAUUGAAUCUUGAUAUAACUGUGCUGGUCAGGUAUGCUGUGUAUGUACAUCACAGCAAGACGGU